GGCUGCCGUAGUUAUGUGAAGCCGCUAGGGGGCGUUAGUGUGUGUCGUGUCAAGUAUGGCUGCUCCCGCAGAAAGCAUGACUGAGAAUCCUACGGAAGACGUUCCUUUGGAGAAAACGUACACAGUGGAGGUUUUGCAGUUAGUGAAAGAAGCUCGACAGCAGCAUGGGUUGAGGCAUGGAGAUUUUCAGAGAUACAGGAGUUACUGUUCUCGGAGAAUCAGAAGAAUUAGAAAAUCUCUACAUUUCCCACAGGGAAAUAAACACAAGGUUCAACCAAAGAAAAUUACAAUAGAGAAACUCACGGAUGUUAGGUACCUACAUCUGCCAUUAUUCUGCGCUGAGAGGGCCUGGUUUUAUGCCAUGCAGCUCAAGUCCGAGGCAAACACUGAGCCCCGGAAAAAAUUCCACACAUUGGCCCGUAUCAAAAAGGCUCUGUUUUAUGCUGAGGAAUUUGGUAAUCUUUGUGACAGUCCAAAGUGUGACGCUAGGACCAAGCUGGAGAGUCAGGCAUAUUUAUCAUUGAUGAAGGGAGGACUGUACUUCGAGCAAGGAAAUUGGAAGGCAGCAAUGGAAUUCUACACAAAAGCCAAAACUAUAUAUGAGAAGCUGGGCAGUGCUUUCACAGAAGAUGUUCAACAGUUGUAUUUACAGCAGGUGGAGGAGAUCACACCUAAUAUUCGUUACUGUGCUUAUAAUAUUGGGGACCAGUCCGCCAUUGAUGAACUGAAACAGCUCAGACGGAAAGGAGGAGAGGACCAGCUUACGUCGCAUUUAGAUGAUCUCCUCUCACAAACCAGAGAAAAACAAACAGCCACUCUAUCAGAAGUGAAGUGGCAAGGUCGUAUGGUGCCGGUGAAGAAUGAACCAGUGCGGUUGUUUCUGUUAAAUUUACAAGACAGCACCAAAGAGAUAGAGUCUGCGGAGAGUGUUGAUAGCAAAAUCUCGAUCUAUGAAAGUGUACUAAAGCAGUGUAUUGAUGCGCUUCAGGUGUUAAAAGAUUCUCUACAAGACGACCAGAAUUUCAAAUUAGCAGUCAGAGGACAAGAGGUGGAAGGCAAAAUCUCCAACCAACAUUAUCUGCAUAGCUACCUGACCUUUAUAAGACUGAGUAAAACAAUAGAACGGAACUUGCUGUUGAUAGAGAUGAUGAAGAAUUACCUACCAGGCAAGAAAGUGGAGGAAGGCCACAAGAUCACCAAACCUCAGGACCUUGUUAGGCUCUAUGACAUCAUCAUACAGAAUCUGAAUGAGAUCCCUAAUUUAACAGGAGUAGAGGGAGACAGCAAUCUGUCAGAAGAAACAGCUGUCAGGGUGUUAGGAUACAAAGCAUUUAGGUCAUACUACAUCGCACAGUCCUAUUUAGGAGCUAAGAAGUGGAAGGAGACGAUAUCACUGUAUGAGAGAGUUCUACAGAAUGCACAGAAUGCCCUGAAGGGUUACAAGUCGCUGCCUAAAACUCAACAGACCCAGUUCAAGAUGGAAGUAAGCAGCCUAGAAGAGCUGAUUCACAGUGUGGAUGGAGAGAAAUAUUCUUGUCACGCCUCUAGUGUACUGGAUGUGAAUGAUGUAACUGACCACAUGGGAGCCAUGACGGUCAAUCCUAAACUGCCUCUGGUGAACCGACUUGAAGACUACACCGAUGACUCCUCACUGACCAGUAAGAGGCCAAACUUGGUGUCCUUCCCACCGGACUUUGAACCCAUUCCCUGUAGACCAUUGUUUUUUGACUUGGCUCUGAAUCAUAUAGACUUCCCUUCUCUAGAGGAACACUUAGAACAGAAACAGAAGACAGCCAACACUCGUGGCCUGACAGGAUUCGUCAAAGGAUGGCUGUGGGGAGGAUCUAAAUAAACAUUUUAAUAUUUACAAAUUUUUUUUACCUUUAAUAUGCAUUGUUAAUGAGGAGAGAACUCUGUCAGAUGUGUUCAUAUGUACAGUGGUGAAUCUGUGAGUUAAAAUUGGGCUAUUAAGCUAAGCCUAGACAUUUCUUUGUUCUGAAGUAUCAGUUAGUAGGUACUAGAAUCUGUACAUGUGAUAAUGACAGUGCUGUCAAGAAUGCUAAUGACAAGCAGCAUUCAAGUUACUAAGAGUUUUCACUUUGAAAUGUUGUUAAUUUCAAUAAUAUGUUGAUGAAAGCAAGUGCAAUUCCUUUGUAAGAGUUGUAGUGUUCAAAAGUCUGUUUGAGUUGCAUUUUAAAUUACUAGAUUUCCCACAAGAUAUUACUGAUGGCAGUGGGCUGCAUUUACAAUGUAUGAAUUCUAAUUUACCGAGUCUUAGAAUAAGAUUUUUAUUUAAAGAGGAUGACAUUGUCAAACAUUUGCAAAGUUUAAAAAAAUGAAAAAAUCUACUGACUUGCAAUGUUUAUGAUGCAUUUUUUGUUUUGGUCUUACACUUCAAAAAUAAUGAGUAAGAUACAAUAAAAUGGAUUACCAAUUGUUAUUGUAGUAAGGUCUGUUACAGAGAAACAGGAUAGAACCUAAGUGACUGAUAUUGAGGUCUGUUACAGAGAAACAGGAUAGAACCUAAGUGACUGAUAUUGAGGUCUGUUACACAGAAACGGGAUAGAACCUAAGUGACUGAUAUUGAGGUCUGUUACACAGAAACAGGAUAGAACCUAAGUGACUGAUAUUGAGGUCUGUUACACAGAAACAGGAUAGAACCUAAGUGACUGACAUUGAGGUCUGUUACACAGAAACAGGAUAGAACCUAAGUGACUGACAUUGAGGUCUGUUACAGAGAAACAGGAUAGAACCUAAGUGACUGAUAUUGAGGUCUGUUACAGAGAAACAGGAUAGAACCUAAGUGACUGACAUUGAGGUCUGUUACAGAGAAACAGGAUAGAACCUAAGUGACUGACAUUGAAGUCUGUUACAGAGAAAAAGGAUAGAACCUAAGUGACUGACAUUGAGGUCUGUUACAGAGAAACGGGAUAGAACCUAAGUGACUGACAUUGAGGUCUGUUACAGAGAAACGGGAUAGAACCCAAGUGACUGACAUUGAGGUCUGUUACAGAGAAACGGGAUAGAACCCAAGUGACUGAUAUUGAGGUCUGUUACAGAGAAACGGGAUAGAACCUAAGUGACUGACAUUGAGGUCUGUUACAGAGAAACGGGAUAGAACCUAAGUGACUGAUAUUGAGGUCUGUUACAGAGAAACGGGAUAGAACCUAAGUGACUGAUAUUGAGGUCUGUUACAGAGAAACGGGAUAGAACCUAAGUGACUGAUAUUGAGGUCUGUUACAGAGAAACGGGAUAGAACCUAAGUGACUGAUAUUGAGGUCUGUUACACAGAAACAGGAUAGAACCUAAGUGACUGAUAUUGAGGUCUGUUACACAGAAACAGGAUAGAACCUAAGUGACUGAUAUUGAGGUCUGUUACACAGAAACAGGAUAGAACCUAAGUGACUGAUAUUGAGGUCUGUUACAGAGAAACCGGAUAGAACCUGAAUGAUUUAUGGAGGUCGGGUAAGGAGAAACAAUACUACUUUUAUUGAGGUCAGGCAAGGAAUAACAAUAAGUUCUGAAUGACUUAUGGAGAAACUAAAUAACGCCUAAUACCUGUAAGGUCCUAAUGACUUGGGGGAGGGGGGAAUAAUAGGACCAAAUCACUGUUGAACACAAGAAAUUUUCAAUACUGCGAUUUCACUUGCGCAUUGGGAAAUUUUUCCCCAUUUUGAAUUUUCUAUAUGCAAUGUGUCCUUGUAACAAUAGAUUGUAUAGAUUCUGUCAUUGACAAUGAGAACAAAGAUGAAAGGGAGCAAAUAUCGGUUUGCCAUCAGUCUAAACAGGACUGAGUGCCUGUAGAGUCUGAGGGUGAUAUUGUGGCGAAAUUUGGGAUAUCAUGUAGAUUUUUUUCCACCAGGUAUUUUAGAGGUGAAGGUCAUGAGUCUGGUUAGAAGUCGCGUCAGAUGGCAGCAUCAGAAAGAACCCUCACUGCUGUGACCCAAUGUCAAAAUUUAUGUCACGUCAUCUACAACUGUAAUGACCUUAUAGAAUACAUUUGUAUGUUUAUUCGUCAAUUAAGGACCCUCAAGGGGCAUGUGCAACUUUAAUAACAAGAUCCAUUUUAAAUGCAUUAUGCCACACAGUUUGUUACGUAAAGGUUUCCUCUUUGGACUGAAAUGGGAUCAUUGAAAUAUUGAAGAUUUAAAAUACUACAGAUGAAAAGAAGAAAUGUAACUAUGAUAUAUUAUAAAAAGUGGGCUCGAAUACAUGGGGUACCAAAGGACGGUGCCUGUGCCUAAUGUAGCCGAGACAACCCAUUCAAUGAAUGAUUCAUAUGUAUUUGAGUGAGUGAUUUUUAAAUGGAAUGAACAAAAACGGCAUGCUAGUAAGUACCAGUCUAGAGUCUACAUCAAACUGCCAAGGCGGCGGGGUUCUGGGGUGGUCGGGGCAAAGUUUUACCACUGUGUUAUUUGUAGAUGAGAGUACAUGUGCUGCUUUGAUCAUGAACAUUUUUAAAUAUUGAUCUUUAGCAUUAAUAUUCAUCAGUGCAUGUAUAGUUCACUAUAAAUCGGAAGGAAUUAUAAGAAAUCCCCAUGUGUGAUGUCAUACCAUUAAUAUCAAAUAUUAAAACAUGCCGGUACAUUGACGUAUAAUAUCAGCGACUUAAAUAUUUGAUGUUCCAUUCAAUGAAAUAUUGAAAUGAGAAUUGGGUCUUCAAACUUCUCAAAUCCAGCCUUACAAUGGAAUCUCUUUUACUAACAAAUACUAAAGCGAUUGAGAAUACUAGACAUUGUAUGGAUGCUACACAAAUCUAGAAUUUAUAGUGUGAAAACAUUUUACAGUUUAAAUAUUCUCUGAUGUAUUGACGUAAAGGUUAAUAUUGUAAUUAAACUCUUAGUGAUCCACUAUUGCGGCAAACCUGCAGCCACGUGUCGGUACUGCGUAGGUAGGGGGUACAUGCGACAGCAAGCACCGUUUACAAAAUCGUGGUCUUGUUUGUCAAAGCAUGCCUCACCCUCCUCUCCAUGAACCACUUGGAGUUGAAUGGGAAGAUUGUAUCUUGCGUCAAAUUACGGGGAACCCGUUGAACCAGGAUUUAAUUUUCCAGUCGUGUUGAUUUUACCUGCAGGUUAUUGAAUCAGUUGAUAGUUCAUAUUAACUGGUGUAUACAGAAGAUUGGCCUUUGUUUCGCAUGCUGCCAGAGUUAUUUUCAAUGGUCACACGUGCACUUAAUAGUUGGUAUUACACACACCCCCCCCCCCCCCUAUUUUAUCAAGAAACAAAAACCCCUUCUUCGGAUACGAACAGCUACAUAUAUUUGUCGACGUGUCAUUGAAGUAAACGUAUACGCAGAACAACAAAUUACCAAAUUAAUAGCGAUGCCACCGAUAAAUACAAUCGAUUGUUACUCGACAACGCCCAGCGAUUCCCAAGAGACCAACAACAUGGAACUGGAAUGCUAGAAUAUUAAUCAGACAAGUAGAAUAAAUCAUAUUGGUUAGCAUUCUGCUGGUGCCAAUUUUCAGCCGGCGAUUGGUUGGGGUUUUUUUUUUUUUUUUUUUUUUUGAACAAUUGCUAAGUAUGAAUUCUUUCUUAGGGUGGUUUGUUGUAGACUAUUUAAUUAAAAGUUGAGCAAACUCUAGGACAGUAUAGCUGGAAUAACCAUUCAUGAAAAAGAGUUUAUAUCGUUAUUGAUUAAAACACGUUCAAUAUUUAUUAGUCUGCGAUUCUGCAGAAGCAGCGCUGCAUUGCUUCUGCUGUUUACUUAUGGAUCCUAAGCCCCAGUAUAUUUCGGUUUUAAACGACAUGUUUACUUAUAACCUGCAUAAUCUGGACUGAACAAGUUUAGUCCGGGGAGGAACACUUGAUUUAAAACCCUUUCACUCCUAAAGAACGACGGGGACAUCAGUGACGACGAUCGAUAGCGAGAGCACUAACCCAUAGCCAGAGAGAUUCACCGUCCGAGUUGUUUACGUUGGUGACGGCGCACUGGAACAUUAGAACGAAUAUUCAGCAUUUAAAGCCCGUACUGAAGAAAUCAUGGCCUCCUCUGAAACAGAUUAUGAUGUCGCUGCUCUGACAGCAAAAUUGAAAUCGUUCGCUCUGACCCAGACCAAGAGCGAUUCAAAGAUGGACAGCAAAACUGUGGGCAAAAUGGCUAAAGAAUGCUGGCCCAAAGCCCUCCAUCCCAGAGUGGAUUCUAGCGUCUUUCCGAAAGUGAUGGACAAAACCACCAAGUCAGUAUUUUAGAUAUUUUUCUUGUAUUCACAUUUAAUAGUUAGAAUAUUUUUCUUGGUAGUUUCUCUUCUCGUGGAUUGACUUGAUGUGCUGUUAUGUAGUUAACACUGCCGACGCAAUAUUUCACUAACUCGUCUAUUUUUAUAGCAUUCUUUAAUGGAAUGGUGAAGAGUCUAAGUAAAUCUAGGGCUUUGUUAUGCGAUGUGGGAUUUAAAAAUAUCAGGGAUUAUAUAGCAUCAAACUUAGAUCAUUAUUCUGUCAAGAUAAAGGAUACAAUGCUCUCGGGCUUAUUCCAUUUGUCUCGGGGAGGUGGAACUCUCGCCUACAUUACUAUGUAGUGACGAGGGAGACAACUUCUUUCAGUUCGAUGCCACUUUAUUCCGUUGUAGUUUGCAUGACAUUCCACUGCUUCUCAUAAUCCAUCAAACAGUCCAUUGUUACAUACAAUAUUAAUUUUCUCGCAGGUCCAUUAACCUUAACAAUGAAACUCAAGUCAAAAUGUUCAUCUCCGAGGCAGCGAAACAGUAUGAUGACGUCACUAAGAAAACCAAAGAGUUCCAGAAGCACGAGAAACUGCUGGCAGAAAAAAUCAUUGCGGCAGACUUAGGAAUCAAGAAAGCGGUAAUCACACGACACAAUUACUUGAAUAAGCCAUCAAAGACAAACUGAAUUCUUUUUUUUAACACAAGUAGCCAUACUUGGACUCGUAUAUCAGGCGUUUGAAACCUUUUUACUUUCGAAAAUUUCUAUUUUAGGCAGUUUCCAAAACUGGAGGGGUAGAUAAAAUGACGGACACUUCCAAGUACACAGGAGCUCACAAGGAGAGAUUUGACGAAUCUGGAAAGGGCAAGGGGGCGGAUGGCCGGACGGAUAAGGUAGAAAACUCCGGAUACGUUGGUAACUACAAAGGAAAAGGAACGUUCGACAAGAAAUGAAAUCUUAAUUUAUUUGUUACGUAAAUUAUUUCUGUAAUUAUGUGUGCCUUUGUGUGUUUUCUCUACAAUCCACAGCAGUUAUGAAUUUUCUUUUUAAAACAACAACUGAUUGUUUGGAUUGUGGUAAAUCAGCAAUAUUUGACUUUCAGUGUAGUAGAAUAGCAUGUGUUCAAACUUGAAAUCAUUGUACUUUUUGAUAUACUGACAAAACAAUUUGAGAGAAAAAUUCGUGUUUACGCCCAAUAGAUAUGUUCAAUGAAGAAUUAUUACAUCUUGUAGAAUUUCAUGUUUAUGUGUAAUAGAAACUUGAACUUUUCGUUUAAAUAUCCGCAAUAAAACCAAGUCAUUGUUUUGUAUCUACCGUGUGUCUUUUUAAAGCGCUCUACUAGCUCUACUAUAAGAGGGUAUGUCCUGUUUACAUUUACUGCACUUGAAUAAAUCGAUAAUGCAAAUCGG